AUGGCGCCCCUGGAGGAAGAGUUGACCUGUUCGUUGUGCCGUGACGUCUUCAGCCAGGUCCAGUCCCUGCUGUGUGGCCACAGCUUCUGCCCGGCCUGCGUACGGGACACCUGGGGGCACAGGAAGGCUGGGGUCAGGGGUCGCUUCACCUGCGCACAGUGCCAGAAGGAACAAGGGGUAGUGGCGUGUGACUGUUGCCCACCUGUGGGGGACAAGGACGAGGCGGGGACCACCGUGGCGGUGAAGACCUGCCUGCGCUGUGAGGUGUCUCUGUGUGCAGAGCACCUGCGGCCCCACCUGGAGCGGCCCGCCUUUAAGACACACCUGCUGGUGGAACCCCUGGGAGAUCUGUCUCACCGCAGGUGUCCCGCCCACAAGGAGAUGUUCCUCUACUACUGUGCAGACGAGCGGGUGUACGUGUGUUCAGAGUGCCUAUUGGAAGGUGGCCAUGCACAGCACCGCAUUAAAGGACUGAGGAAGGUGGAGGAGGACUUCAAGGUCCUCCUCAAGGGCCUUCUCCAGAAAGCAGAUGAAAAGCUGAAUGAAGGUGAACGGAUCCUCCAAGAGUACCAGAACACUGACCUCACUAUAACAGACAUGUCUGUGGCAAAUGACUCCCAGGUGGAACGUAUGGGUGUAGAUCUGCAGCUGCAGGUGGAGAGGCUAGUGCUGGCCCUGAGGGAGAGCACCUUGAGGGAGAGGCAGAAGGUCAUGGAGCGCCUGCAGAACGACUGCAGCAGGGUGAGGGUGGACCUGAGUAAGACCCAGGACAUUCACCACUACCUGGCAUCCUUGCUGGAGGAGACGGACCCCUUCCUGCUCAUCUGGGCAUUUCAUUCUGAUGACUCAAGGCUGCUUGUGGACCUGAACUGCCCCUUGUUCACCCCUGACCCUGUCAACCUGGACAGGAAGUACAUUGUGGAGGACAUUGAGAGCAAGCACCGACAGUUCAUCACCGAGACGCUGCACUGUCUCACCGAACUCAAGAGAGAGCUCUUGACAAGUCCGUUGACUCUGGACACUAACUCCGCCCAUCCUCUCCUGAGCAUUUCUGAUGGCCUGCGGUCAGCUAUGCGGGUCAAACACCGCCUUCCGUGUGCCAUUCACCCCGACCGCUUCGAUCACUGGGCUCAAGUCCUGACUGUCCAGACAUUCUCCUCUGGAACCCAUUACUGGGAGCUGGAAGCAGAAGGCUUCUGGGACAUUGCGGUGUCCUACCGGAGCAUCGGGCGGAAGGGGAAGGUGGGCAAUGCCUUUGGAAAUAACAAGAUGUCUUGGAGCUUGACACAGCAGCAUGAUAGAAAGCUAGCCGCCUGGCACAACCGCAGGAAGACCCGCAUCUACAGUCGAAUGUCGGGCAACCGUGUUGGCGUGGCCCUGGACUAUGGCGCAGGCACCAUCACCUUCUCCGAGGUGGGGCCAUCCAACACCCUGAUCCACCUGCACAACUUCACCACCUCCUUCAGCCAGCCCGUGUGCCUGGGCUUUGGCCUCUACAAAGCUGAACUCCAUAGCAGAAUCUCCAUAGUGAGGGUGUGA